UUAGCCAUCCCUAUAAAUUCACAAAUUUCUUUGCAAAAUUUCAUGUUAUAUUUUGAGAAAAUUGGUCGUAUGAGUAAAUUAAUAUAUUUAAUUGACAUGCGCUAGAGAGCGUUUUGUUUGCAAAGGUUGCUGCAUAGAACACAAAGGGCAAACCAGGAAUUUGCAGCAUUGCAACAAUAACAACUGGUUCUUGCCAAAUUGAAAAAUAUAUCAUCAAGGUGUCUGCCUACGAAAGCAUGGAUUUGCAGCAUAUGGAGAAUGGCCUCAACGGAGGUGGCGUUGCUGGAGGAGGUGGAGGGGGCGGUGGCCUCAGUGAGAUUGACUUUCAGCGAUUGGCGCAAAUAAUCGCGACAAGCAUACAAAAAGUCCAACAAAAUGUGUCCACUAUGCAGCGAAUGGUCAAUCAGCUGAACACGCCACAGGAUUCGCCCGAAUUGAAAAAGAAACUUCAUCAGUUAAUGACCUAUACCAAGCAACUGGUAACCGAUACCAACAAUCAGUUGAAGGAGGUGGACAAGUGCAAGGAGCGGCACCUGAAGAUACAGCGCGAUCGUCUGGUGGAUGAAUUCACAGCGGCAUUGACCGCCUUUCAGGCUAUUCAACGUAAAACAGCUGAUAUUGAAAGGAGCGCAUUGCAUCAGGCGCGGGCCCAUAACUAUAGCAUUGCACAUCCGCCUGGGUCGACGCGUACCAGCACCAAUAGCAGUAGCAAUGACAAUGGUUCCUUCUUUGAGGACAACUUUUUCAAUCGAAAAUCAAAUCAGCAGCAACAGCAGCAAAUGCAAACGCAAAUGCAGGAGGACGGGGAUCUGCAAGCACUUGAGGAACAGGAGCGCGCCAUACGCGAAUUGGAAAACAACAUAGUCGGCGUCAAUGAAAUCUACAAGAAUCUUGGUGCUAUGGUCUACGAACAAGGCUUGACUGUCGAUUCAAUCGAGUCACAAGUGGAGCAAACAAGCAUUUUUGUCUCACAGGGCACUGAUAAUUUGCGCAAGGCCAGCUCUUACAAGAACAAAGUGCGAAAGAAGAAGCUGAUACUGGUUGCAAUACUGACCGCUGUGCUUUUGGCCAUCAUUUUGAUACUGGUGUUUCAGUUCAAGAACUAAAAAUUGGGAACGAUUAAACUAGAAAGCAUCCACAAAUUUAAAUAAAAACUAGUAAAUUGUUGUGAAAAGACAAGUGUUGCCCCAUGCAGGUCCCCAAUCGGUACUUUAGACGCAUUUGUGGCUUUAAUACUACAAUUUAAAUUUAAAAAAAAAAAAAAAAAAAUUGGCUAAACACGGGAAAACUUAUGGCGAAAUUGGCCAACUCAGUUGCAUGUAUCGAAAAGUAUUUAGCACACAGUUAAGCGGCGCUUACACAUACACGCAUCCAUAUGUUAUACAUACUUAUUCUCUAACAAGUUAUAUUAUAUUUUAUAUAUAUGUAUAAUUAUUAUUAUUAAUAAUGCACUUUGUAUUGUAUUAUAUUGAUUGAGUGUGGCGCAUUCUCAAAUUUGUUAGCAGCAUGUUUUAAAACGAUUCCAAACUCAUUUGCAAGCGCUUUGUAAUGUAUUUAAGUUUAAGAGGAAGGCAUAAAACAUAUAUAAAUAUACGAUGGUACAUGAUAAUACACAUGAAAUAUAAAA